AUGAGCUUUGGGGAUGUCAGAACCUUGCCUAUUCCUGUCCCAAAUGCCAAUCGCCUUCGCCAAGGAUGGAGAUUAAAUCCUGAUGGCGUGUUCUAUAUUUGCGCACUUGAAUCACUUGCCUGGGAUGGGCCGCAACGCCCCUUGCACCUCCUUUCGGGACAGGUGCAGAUUGCAUGGGUGGAGGAAGUGGUUAGUCCUGUUGUCGAUCACUCGCUGCAUGGGACAUUUGAAUGGAGCAAGCUAUCGUUACUAUACUCAGUUCAUUAUUACCAUGCUGUGUUCGAAAUAUUCAUCCUUCCUUCUGAGUCCCUCACCCACCCUAGUCAAGCACUGCUUCAAGAAGCCAUUAAUUCAUGUAUACAAGCUGAGCCCGAACUUUUCCUGCCAGAGUAUGACCAAUUUCCCAAUGGGGCGCAGCGGUAUUUGCGGUGUUUUGUUCACCCCAUGCCUCUGCCAAUGCCGUCACCUGAGCCCAUCCCUUUCCCAUAUCCCAGUGGAAAAGAAGGCUGGACUGUAGGAAAGACCUUGGGUGAAGUCUUCAUCAGGCGACUAGACCUGUCGAAAUGGUCAAAAGCUAUGAAGAGGGCAACAAUGGACACCAAUCAGGCCAUCGCUGAAUGUGUCUGUGUGCAGCACUGGAAGCAGCACCUUGCAGAGAAUAUCUCACAUGGGAUGUCAGGAUCAAUAGGUGUAGUUGUAUUGCAUGAGCUUGCCUCUGCAUUCGCUGAUUUCCGUUAUCACGACCGUUUCGAGCCUGCCGGACCCAUGUACCCUCCUGGGGCAGUUUGGUUCUUUUGUCGAUGCACUUUCAUCCAAGAUGGGUAUAUCCUGCUGCAAUUCAAUGGCCAUCCAUUUCGAUGCCUGGAAGAUGAUGAUGGCAUCUCAUCCGAUCCAGAAGAGUUCUAUAGUGAAAAUGAUUGGGACGUGGAGGAAGCGGAAGAUUCUUCCACAUCAGCCUCAGAAAUGCGAAACCCCCAUGAGUCGCCGUUGCUGCACACCUCCCCCUUCCACUCUUGGUGCAGUGGGAGGGGGCAUUCACUGUGUCCAGAGACUUCCAAACACUGUUAG